AUGGCUAUUAUAGUACUUGGUCUUUGGGCAAUAGUACAUCGUGACAGUGCUAUUUUAGUUGAAAUUUUAAUGGUAAUUAAAUGUUUUUCGAUUGUUCUUGAUACAAUUGCUAUUGGAAUGCAUUUUCAAAUUGGAAGACGAGCUUAUCAAGUUGUCGAUCAUAGUUCUUAUUUUUUUGUUAGUGCUUUUUUUGCUAUAUUUCUUUUAAUACUCAAACCGAUUAUGCUUUUAUUGUUAAAUAAAGUCAGACAAGAUCGUCUUGGUGAUACAGAAUCACCGACGUUCGGAGGUUGGGGUUCUAAUAUAAGUCCUGUACCAGGAUAUAUGCCAGUUGAUGAACAACAAACUACUUAA